AAGUUGUAUCAGGAGGAUCUUUCAGUUUUGGAAGACGACGAAGAUAAUUAUGACGAGGCUGAAGAGCUAGAGACCGAUAUCCUCGAGAAUUGCAUUGAAAGAUUUACAGAGAACGUCUGUUCUGUAAUUCCUUUAUUGAAGUCACCGAGGCUCUUUGAAGAACCAGAACAUUAUUUUGUGGAUUUUGUCGCAGGUGCUUUGCCCAAAUUUGAAAAAUGUAAUAAGGACGUAGAACUAUUGAGAUGGAUUAUUUUAUAUCAUCUAGGACAGCAAAUUCCUAACCCGGUCAGACUUCACGUCUUUUGGUGGGAAAAAUCCGAAACUGUGCUUGCCGAACUGCAGGUGAUGGAAAUGUGUCCGGAGAUCAUAAAAUCAAUAACUUCCUUGAAAAAUGAGGAAAUCAGGAGUCUCGACUUAGAAGCAUAUUUAUUGGAGGGAGUGGUUAAC